GGAAAUUCAAGCGGAACAAAUAGCGCUGAAAACUGGUGUUCCGUGCCUCACUGCCAUGUAGCUGACGACAUUCAAUUUUGCGGCAAAUCGCUCCGUCCAGUCGGCUAGCAAUAAGAGCUGGUGUUGAGCUCGCGUCUGUCCUUUGCUCGAUGUCUUCUCAGGCUUAGGUCUUCAACAACAUGGUUGACGCAUUGACGAAUGACUAGCAGGAGCGGCCUGGAACCGUCUUGUAAACUGUAACCGCCUAGGUUGCGGGAAGUUGGAACAUCACAUGCCAUGUCAUGAUCCUCACGCCGGACCACAAGCGGACCAAGCCAUGCCGUCUCUAAGGCUACAAUGACAGACACUCGCAUAUAUAAUAUGCUGCUUAUUCUGCGCCAAAACGCAUAACACCUCCCCUCGGCUCUAACUCGCAGACUGAUGGUCGCUGGAAUCCCACUGUCAUUCCCUGUUCUUCUCGCGUAUGCUGCAAUUGCAGGCGCAUGGUCAACGUUUGUUGUUCCACACACCGAAGAUGCAGAUGACACGCCUGCUCUGAUGGCCGCAAUCUCUGACUACACGUCUGACGCGUCAAUUGUGUUCGAGGCUAACACGACUUACAACGUGUGGUCCCCACUCACGUUCCCGCUUCUCACGAAUGUUGAGGUGGUGAUUAGCGGGAAUUUGACAUAUCCGACGAGCAUCGAGACUGUGCAAGGGUAUGUUGCUGCCGCUAACUACUCCGGUGCAUGGUUCUCGUUCACUAGAGGAAAUAAUGUCACGCUCCGCGGCAAUACUGACCCUGACUGGGGCUGGGUUGAUGGACAUGGCCAACAGUGGUGGGAUCUUAUGCAACAGACAAACCGACCUCAGGGUUGGCUUUUUAAAGAUGUUACAAAUGUAAUCAUCAGAGAUAUGAAGUUAUACAAGCCUAUCGCAUGGAAUUUUGCCACCACAGGAUCAAGCAAUAUGCAUUUCUUCAACAAUAUCAUCCUGGCCGGUUCUGACAAUGCCUCGUUCCCAUUCAAUACGGAUGGAUUUUCAGCUGGAGGCACCAAUAUGCUUUUCGAAAACAACCAUGUCGUCAACGGAGAUGACUGCUUAACCGUUGUUAGUGGCGCCAAGAACAUCACUUGGAGAAAUGGCUACUGUGAGGGAUCGCAUGGUCUGUCAGUCGGUUCACUCGGCGAGGGCGGUCAAGUGGCAUCCGUAGAGAACGUAUUGUGUGAGAACACAAUUAUGAACCGCACUCUCUAUGCAGCUCGUUUCAAGAGCUGGACUGGCGGAAACGGUGCUGCCAUCAAUAUAACAUGGAAAGAUAUCACAUUCAUCGACGUGAUGUUCCCUAUUGAUGUGACCCAAAAUUACUGGGACCAAGAGGACGGCCCGCCUCCGAGCUCCUCGUCCGUCAACGAGACUCAUAUUGAAAACUUCCUGUUCGACCACUUUGUCGGCGUAAUUAACGAUACACCUGGUUACGUGGAAGGCUCAUGUGUUACGGACCCUUGCUGGUACUACGUACCUGGUGCAACAGGCAAGGAAGCCGUCAUUUUUGACCUGUACCCCGACACCGCGACCAACAUUGUCGUGAAGAACCUUGUUGCGCGCACACUAAGUGGUGCCCCUGUUGCUGCAAUGUGCAAUUCUUCCACGAUCUCGAAUGAUGUUGGAUUUGUGUGCUGGAACGGUCCAUAUGUCCCUACACCUGGCUAGCAUGUGAUGCCCACGAGUUAUUUAUCCUUGGGAUCAGUCGAAGACUCUGGAUUCAUUGACUUCGCAGUUAGCUUCGUUAUCCAAGUUGUGAGAACCGUCGCAACUCAUGAGCAAUCCCACAUCUGAAAUGUCAAUAGUUCAUCAGGUAGCGCGGGCUAAAUAUUUUCUGAGUUUGACGCCAAUGCCAAGCCAUUAAGCUGUUUGCGUGA